AUGAUUUAUAUUCAUCCCACCAUUUCCCAGCUAGACUUCGCCAAAUCUUCAUGUCAAGACGCCGGCAACAGCAGCACCCUCAACAGCACUUAUCAGAAAAAUCUAGAAACCCUACUUUCGUCCGUGUCCUCGGAUCCCCAGUUGAUAAAUUACGGCUUUUACAAUCUCAAUGUCGGAGAGGAGCCAGAGAGAGUGAACGUCAUCGCCCUCUGCAUUGGAGAUACUUCAACAGAUAGAUGCAGGAUUUGCGUGGAUGAAUCGAGUCGGAAGAUUUUAGAGGUUUGCCCUAGCGAGGAGGGCGGAAUCGUGUGGUACGAUCAGUGUUUACUUGGGUACUCGGGAAGUGGGAAUUACGAUUGGGGCAGGGAAUCGAUUUUCAACGGCAAUAAGGCGUCGACGAAUUCGGAUGAGUUCAUUGAGGCAGUGAAGAGAUUGAUGGAGAGAUUAAGAGUAGAGGCUGCUUUAGGGAAUUCGACACGGAAAAUGGGGAAAGGGGAGAUAUCGGCCGGCAAUGAAACUGUCGAGGAUCGGAGCAAUAAUAUUUAG